AUGAACUGGUUCAACUUCUCUGUCUCCAAUCUCUUGAAUUUCGACCCCAACGUAGAUGAAACAGGUUAUCCGCAAGUCCCAGUGGUGUACGACUGGGUAGUAGAUAAUAAGACUUGCGCUGAAGCUAAGAAAAACCUAACUAAUUAUGCUUGCGGCAACAACAACGACUGUAUCAUCUCCAAGAAUGGUCUUGGGUAUAGCUACAACUGUUCCCAAGGUUAUCAAGGGAAUCCUUACCUGUCAGAUGGAUGCCAAGAUAUAGAUGAAUGUGCAGAUCCAAAUAGUAAUCCUUGCAGUGGGAGUUGUACCAACCUUCCUGGGACUUACAAAUGCUCUUGCCCGCCUCGUUAUCUUGGAAAUGGGGAAAAAAUUGGAAGUGGAUGCAUUCCUCCUCAAAAGCAAUUUCCAGUGAUUCCGGUCACUGUAGGUACUGCCUUAGGCUGCUUGUUUCUACUUAUUGUUAGCAUUUUGGGGCUUUGCAUAUAUCAAAAGAGAAAGGUUGAAAAACUCAAGAAGAAAUUCUUCAAGCAAAAUGGAGGUUUCUUGUUAAAGCAACAACUAACUUCCCGUGAAGGCCUUGUUGAAGCUGCCAAAAUCUUUACAGAAGAAGAACUAAAGCAGGUGACUAACAACUAUACUCCGAGCCAGAUCCUUAGUCGAGGAGGCUAUGGCACAAUAUACAAGGGAGUUCUAUCUAAUCAUAGAACUGUUGCCAUUAAGAAAUCAGAAGUUGUUGAUGAAAGUCAGAUAGAGCAAUUCAUAAAUGAGGUGGUUAUUCUCUCCCAAAUCAACCAUAGAAAUGUUGUAAAACUAUUGGGUUGUUGCUUAGAGUCUGAGGUUCCAAUAUUAGUGUAUGAAUUUGUUACAAACAACACCCUAUUUCACCAUAUCCAUGGCGAGGGGAGCAAUUCUUCUAUUUCAUGGGAUAAUCGACUGCGGAUAGCUGCGGAAACAUCAGAAGCAAUCACUUAUUUGCAUUCUGCAGCUUCGCCACCAAUCAUUCACAGAGAUAUUAAGUCUGUAAACAUUCUCUUGGAUGAUAAUUAUACGGCGAAGAUGGCAGAUUUUGGCGCAUCAAGGUUGGUUCCUUUAGACCAAACUCAAAUAAGUACAGUCGUCCAAGGAACAUUGGGGUACUUGGACCCUGAGUACCUUCAAUCAAGUCAACUCACAGAAAAGAGUGAUGUUUAUAAUUUUGGUGUAGUACUAGUGGAGCUAUUAACCGGAAAGAAAGCAGUCCAUUCAAAUGGGCCAGGUAAAGAGACAUGUCUAGCCAUGCAUUUUGUCACUUCAACUAAAGAGGGUAGGGUUUGGGAUAUUCUAGAUGAUCGGGUUAUACCUGAAGGAAGCAAAGAGCAACUCCAUGAAGUUUUAAAACUUGCUGAGAGAUGUUUAAGAGUAAAAGGGGGAGAAAGGCCUACAAUGAAGGAAGUGACAAUGGAAUUGCAGCGGUUGAGCAAGUAUCAGAGGCACCCUGGGGCUGCACAAAAUCCGGAGAAGGUGGAUUGUAUUUUUGGCGAAGCAUCAAACUUGCAUAGUAACACUUUUGGAUAUGAUAGUUUGACUAAUGAAGAAAGACCCACAAUGAAGGAAGUGACAAUAGAACUGCAAGGGUUGAGAAAGUAUCAAAGGCACAUUGAGGUCACACGAGAUCCCCACACUAGGGUCACACAGGAUCCCGAGCUGGUGGUCAGUGUUUUUGGCCAACCAUCAGACUUGUAUGGUCACAACACUUUUGGGUAUGAUAGUUUGACUAAUCAAGUGAUAAUAUCAUUAGAUGUUAUUCCAGUUCCUCUUCCUUUGCUUGAAGAGGCGCUGAUGGUGCUAGUGGUUGCUGCGGCAGUCCCACCUAUGAGACGAUCAUUCGCAUUUGUGGUUAGGAGGCCUACCCUUCCGGCCAUAGAUUGCCUUCCGAUGGCGUGGCGCCCAAUUAUUCAUGUGAAUCCUGCUUCGAGUGGGAAUCCCCGGUCAGCUGCAAGAAACGUGACUGCAGCAUCUGCAUCGCCAAUGGUGAAGACGAAUUGUCCAGACAAAUGUGGGAACAUCUCAGUUCCUUACCCCUUUGGCCUCGGAAAUGAUGAAAGCUGUUACAGAUCCUUUGGGUUUGGGCUAACCUGCAACUACAGCUACAACCCUCCAAAACUGUUCUCAGGGAACAUAGAAGUUCUAGAUCUUUCAUUCCAAGGCCAAAUGCGUUUAUGGUCCUAUGUAAGUGGAGAUUGCUUCAACAACUUCGGCCAACCAACUAAUUCGAACAUCCCCUCUAUGGAAUUGUUUUUGGACACCUUUUCGUACUCCGACACAGAGAAUAAAUUCACAACUCUGGGUUGCGACACCUCCUCUUACAUCAUUGGCUCCGGUGGCCUGAACUUCACGACUGGGUGUAGCAUGAUUUGCAGCAACAGAUCUGAUGUGACCAAUGGUUCCUGCACUGGCAUCGGCUGUUGCCAGAACUCAAUUCCAAAGGGCUUCAAAAACUACAUUAUAGAGCUCAAAAGCUUCAGAAAUCACAUCCAGGUCAUUGAUUUCAAUCCUUGUAGCUAUGCUUUCCUCGUGGACAUGAACUGGUUCAACUUCACCGUCUCAGAUCUCUUGAAUUUUAGCUCCUACGUCGAUAAUGAAGGUUUUUCGCGAGUCCCAGUUGUGUAUGACUGGGCAAUAGAUAAUAAGACCUGCGCUGAAGCGAAAACAAACAUGACUAAUUACGCAUGCGGCAACAACAGUGACUGUAUCAUCUCCAAGAAUGGUCUUGGAUAUAGCUGCAACUGUUCUCAAGGUUACCGAGGGAACCCUUAUCUUCCAUAUGGAUGCCAAGACAUAAAUGAAUGUGAAAAUCCAAUUACUAAUCCUUGCAGUGGAAUCUGUACCAAUCUUCCCGGAAGUUACAAAUGCUCUUGCCCAACUGGUUAUUUUGGAGACGGAAAAAAAAUUGGAAGUGGAUGCAUUGCUCUUCAAAAACAAUUUCCAGUGAUUCCGGUCACCGUAGGUACUGCCUUAGGCUGCUUGUUUCUACUUCUUGUUAGCUUUUUGGGGCUUUACGUAUAUCAAAAGAGAAAGGUUGACAAACUCAAGCAGAAAUUCUUCAAGCAAAAUGGAGGUUUCUUGUUAAAGCAACAAUUAUCUUCCCGUGAGGGCCCUGUUGAAGCUGCCAAAAUAUUUACAGAAGAAGAACUAAAGCAGGCAACUAACAACUAUGCUCAGAACCAGAUCCUUGGCCGAGGAGGCUAUGGUACAGUAUACAAGGGAAUUCUACCUAAUCAUAGAACUGUUGCUAUUAAGAAAUCAAAAGUAGUUGAUGAAAGUCAGAUAGAGCAAUUCAUAAAUGAGGUGGUUAUUCUCUCCCAAAUCAACCAUAGAAAUGUUGUAAAGCUAUUGGGUUGUUGCUUAGAGUCUGAGGUUCCUAUAUUAGUGUAUGAAUUUGUUACAAACAACACCCUAUUCCACCAUAUUCAUGGCGAGGGGAGCAAUUCUCCUAUUUCAUGGGAUAAUCGACUGCGGAUAGCUGCGGAAACAUCGGAGGCAAUCGCUUAUUUGCAUUCUGCAGCUUCGCCACCUAUCAUUCAUAGAGAUAUUAAGUCUGCAAACAUUCUCUUGGAUGAUAAUUAUAUGGCAAAGAUGGCAGAUUUUGGUGCAUCAAGGUUGGUUCCUUUAGACCAAACUCAAAUAAGUACAGUUGUCCAAGGAACAUUGGGGUACUUGGACCCCGAGUACCUUCAAUCAAGUCAACUCACAGAAAAGAGUGAUGUUUAUAGUUUUGGUGUAGUACUAGUGGAGCUAUUAACUGGAAAGAAAGCAGUCCAUUCUAAUGGCCCAGGUAAAGAGACAUGUCUAGCCAUGCAUUUUGUCACUUCAACCAAAGAGGGUAGGGUUUGGGAUAUUCUAGAUGAUCGGGUUAUACCUGAAGGAAGCAAAGAGCAACUCCAUGAAGUUUUAAAACUUGCUGAGAGAUGUUUAAGAGUAAAAGGGGAAGAAAGGCCUACAAUGAAGGAAGUGACAAUGGAACUGCAGCGGUUGAGCAAGUAUCAAAGGCACCCUGGGGUUGCACAAAAUCCGGAGAAGGUGGAUUGUAUUUUUGGCGAAGCAUCAGACUUGCAUAGUAACACUUUUGGAUAUGAUAGUUUGACUGAUCAAGUGAUGAUAUCAUUAGAUGGAGGGAGAUGA